GAUUUAUCAUAGCAUAGGUAUGUACAUUAGAGGUACUUAGUUACUUACUGGGCACAUUACAAAUUAUAAUUUACCGGUGAACGCCCUUGUGGCCUGUGAAUAAUAUUGUGGUGAUAUUUUAUAGCAUAAUCAACCAUGGGUCUCUGCUGCAGCAUGUGUGACGAGAGCAACGAGGUGCAAGUGGCCGAGAUGCCCCAGUUCAGCCCCGGCGGCUGGGGCGGCGGCGGAGUCAACGUGGUGGACUCGGUGCAGGUAGCCGACGGCGGAUGGGGCGGCGGUGGGGUACAAGUAGCUGACGGUGGCUACGGAGGAGGGGUUCAGGUAGCCGACGGUGGAUACGGAGGGGGGGUCCAAGUAGCCGACGGCGGCUGGGGCGGCGGGGUGCAGGUAGCUGACGGGUACGACGGGGGGGCGGUCCAGGUGGCUGAUGGAGGGUAUCCCAUGAGCAGAUAG